AGACUUCCAUCUUCCACCACUCAGUCUUUUCGUGGUCCACCCGUCCUAAAAAAAAACAUGGCUGAAGCUAAGAGGGUCAAGACUCCCCAGGAGUUCAUCACUGACUUUCUGAUGGGCGGUGUCUCAGCUCACCCUAUUGAACGCAUCAAGCUUCUAGUCCAAAAUCAGGAUGAGAUGAUCAAACAAGGUCGUCUUGCCACCCCCUACAAGGGUGUCACCGAUGCAUUCGCUCGGACGUACAAGGAGGAGGGUCUCGUCUCCUUGUGGAGAGGUAACACUGCCAACGUUAUCCGAUACUUCCCGACACAGGCCUUGAACUUCGCCUUCAAGGACUACUUCAAAUCCUUGUUCGGGUUCAAGAAGUCUGAAGGGUACUGGAAAUGGUUUGCUGGCAACGUUGCAUCUGGUGGUGCUGCUGGUGCUUCGUCACUUCUCUUUGUUUACUCCUUGGACUACGCCCGUACUCGUCUUGCCAACGAUGCCAAGUCAGUGAAAGGUGGUGGACAGCGCCAGUUCAAUGGUCUCGUUGAUGUCUACAAGAAGACACUUGCAUCUGAUGGUAUCGCCGGCCUCUACCGUGGCUUCGUUCCAUCAGUUGUCGGUAUCAUCGUCUAUCGUGGUCUCUACUUCGGUGUCUACGACUCGUUGAAGCCCGUCGUCCUUGUGGGUGCUCUUGAAGGCUCAUUCUUGGCAUCCUUCUUCCUUGGUUGGGGUGUCACUAUUGGUGCUGGUCUUGCGUCGUAUCCUCUUGACACCAUUCGUCGUCGUAUGAUGAUGACUUCGGGUGCUGGUGUUCACUACAAGUCCAUGUUUGACGCUGGUUCGCAAAUCAUCCAAAAGGAGGGUGUGAAGUCACUAUUCAAGGGUGCUGGUGCCAAUAUUCUCCGUGGUGUCGCUGGUGCUGGUGUGCUUUCGCUCUACGACAAGCUCCAGCAGGUGAUGUUCGGCAAGGUCUACUCCGGUGGCUCUGGCUGAGCAUUUGUGGUCCCCUCUCCAUUUUAUAUCUCCAUAGAAUGUCUUAUUCCCUUAAUCUCUGGUAUUGGCUGUCGAGUAUGGACAGUUCAUGCUGCAUGCGUACACUACUAUACCGAAUGCAUGACUUACUGGCCAAACCCCGUAAACUGAGUGACGACCGAUCGUUGGGGGCGCGUCGAUCGUGACAUCCAUAUAUGAUUAGGUUGCGGCCCUAC